GUUGUAGAAUUAACGCGAAUUUUUGAGUAUUCCAUACAAAAUUGCGAAAAAUGUCGAAUGUGUUUUGGGAAAAUUUAAACAAGUUGUUGCCAAUACUUUUACUAUCUGUUUUAAAAAACAGCGAGUGUUCUGUGAGUAGCAAUGAGUACAUGAAACGUGAGCAUUCAUUGAUACGUCCAUUUCAAGGCGUUGGCGUAAAUUUACCCUAUUGGGAUUUCUUAGGUCACACUAUGGUGACCAGUAACUACAUAAGACUGACGCCGGACUUGCAGUCUAAAAGCGGUGCACUUUGGAAUUACUCGCCCGUAAUGACGCGUAAUUGGGAGUUGCAUGUGACAUUCAAAGUACACGGUAAAGGCAAUGAACUGUAUGGGGAUGGUUUUUCGAUUUGGUACACCAAAGAACGUAUGCAACCAGGCCCUGUUUUUGGCAGCAAAGAUUACUUUUCGGGUUUAGCGGUGAUUUUAGAUACGUACAGCAAUCACAACGGUCCACAUAAUCACCAACAUCCCUACCUCAGUGCUAUGAUUAAUAAUGGCACCUGGACUUAUGAUCAUGAUCGCGAUGGUACACAUACACAACUGGCAGGUUGUGAAGUGCGCUUCCGCAAUGUGGACUUUGAUACACAUGUGAGCAUACGUUAUGAGAAUGAUAUACUUUCCGUUUCUACGGAUAUGGAGAAUAAGGGUGAAUGGAAGAAUUGUUUUGUGGUGAACGAUGUUGAGUUACCAACCGGCUACUUUCUGGGUUUGUCCGCGACUACUGGCGACCUCUCGGACAGCCACGAUAUACUUGGCGUCAAGUUUUACGAUCUGGAUAUAAAUGUUUCGCCAGAAGAAAUUGCAUCACGUUCUAGUAUUUUACCGCGUGCGAAAACAUAUGAACCGCCACGGGAGCACAAGGACGAUCCUAAACCGGGUAUGUCGAAUGCAAAGAUUUUCUUCAUACUCUUAUUCGGUAUGUUGAUUACAAUCGCCGGUGCCAUUUUUGCAAUCUCCUAUUUCAAAGAGAAAAAUUCAAGGAAACGUUUCUACUAAAACACAUCACACAUACACAUCUAUACACUUACCUCUCUACUUCCACACCACUGAGCA